UCUAGCAUCGUAGAUAAACACCCUUAAGAGGUGUGAACCCAGCGAGCACACAGCUAUCACAAUACCAAAAAGAACAGUAAAAAAGGUCCGCUUGAGUCCUUCAUACAGCGAGGGUCAACAUGUCUGAGACAUACGACUUCCUGUUUAAGUUCCUGGUGAUUGGCAGUGCUGGGACGGGGAAAUCCUGCCUCCUCCACCAGUUCAUCGAGAACAAGUUUAAGCAGGACUCCAACCACACCAUCGGCGUGGAGUUCGGUUCCAGGGUCGUCAACGUCGGCGGAAAGACAGUCAAACUGCAGAUCUGGGACACCGCUGGGCAGGAACGAUUCCGUUCUGUCACACGCAGCUACUACCGAGGAGCAGCUGGAGCACUUCUUGUCUAUGAUAUUACCAGUCGGGAGACAUACAACGCCCUGACCAACUGGCUGACAGACGCACGGACGCUGGCUAGCCCCAACAUCGUCAUCAUCCUGUGUGGUAACAAGAAAGACCUGGAUGCAGACAGAGAGGUGACCUUUCUGGAGGCCUCGCGCUUUGCUCAGGAGAACGAGCUGAUGUUUCUGGAGACGAGUGCUCUGACGGGUGAAAACGUCGAGGAGGGUUUCUUGAAAUGUGCUCGCACCAUCCUCAACAAGAUAGAUUCAGGUGAGUUGGACCCGGAGAGGAUGGGUUCAGGUAUCCAGUAUGGAGAUGCUUCGUUGAGGCAGCUGCGACAGCCGAGAGGCACCACGACACAGAAUAAGCAGCAGUGUAAUUGCUAGGGAUCGGGCCCCACCCACACCUCCGCCCACAGGCCCACACAGACAGGACACCCCCUACAGCUCCAGGUGGUUUUUGGUGUGUGCGACCCUCAAUCCGCUGUCUCACACACCUCGGAUCACCUCGAUGAGUGGUCGUGGAGAUCACUGCAACCCCUGACCCCUGACCUCUGGUAAGAGUCUCUUCUUCUUACCUGAGGGGGUCAGUUUUUGCUCCUGCAUCUGAACAAGGCGACCCCUCGGUGUGAACCUGGCGGGAUCAUACAGAAGAGAAAUCCUCGUCUUAAAAGAUGGUUUCCCACUUGCUUACCAGAAAAGGACAAGUCAAGGGUUGUGUGUAUGGGCUGCCCUACUCUUGUUUUAUCUCUGUGCUUUUUUUUUUUGUUUCAUUCUGAUUUUAGUAUCCCCAAAAUGCUUUCUGCGUUUGCACAUCAUCGUUUGUAAGUUAUUAUUGUUAUAUCUAUUUUGCGCAUAUUCAUCAUUCAACCUCUCCCAAUGUUAUUCAUGAUUGAUUUGGUUAUUUGAGUUUUAGCAUUCAUAAAGACACCUGCUGGUCAUUGACUUAACCGUAUUUUCCAUAAAUCGAGGUCGUAUUAAUAGUGACUAAGUGAUAAAUAGUCUAAGUGUGUCCUCUCAUAAGAAGUUGACUUGCACAGAUUUUGGGUUAUAAAUAAUGUAUAGAAAUUUAUUCCUAAUGCGAAGCAAUGCAAAUCCUCGCAAAGAUUUUUGCAGUUAUUGUCAAGUGAUACUUCUCAUUUUGAUCUGAAAAUUGAAGCUGCUAAUCACUGGAUUUAGGUGUACUUCAGAUUUUUUAAAGCCAAAACAGGCCCACAUGUAGAGCCCGGGACUUUUAGUCGCUCUGAAGUGUGUGUGUGUGUGUGUGUGUUACAUUGAGUCUUGCAUUGAAAACUUUUGGUUUGUGUUAAAAAUACACUGUUAUUAUGAAGAGUAUUGGCCUUAGUGAUAUACUCGAUAUUGUGGCUCUGUAGUAUAUUAUUCCCAGCUGCCAUGUCUCUAAACUGUCAAAGGGAAUGAUCCAAUCACUCCACUCUACACCCACGUGGGCAAGCCAGUGGGUCAGGUUUAAAGCACAAAGAAGAGAACAUUUGCUCUUUAUUUUACCCAAAGGUCCUAAAGUCUGUAGAUGGGGUGUUUUUUUUUUGUUUUGUUUUUUUACAUUCACACCAUGUUUAAAUCCAUAUGUCUCUGCUCCUGUUACAGUGAAAGAUUAAGAAAGCGUCAUCAAUCUUUGCAAAUGUUUUUGACUCCUCCUGCUGGGCAUGACCUCCCUUUGAUUCGUACUGCUCUACAUGCACACACUGUACAAGGGACGUCACAGGAAACCACAGUUGGUUUUGCCUGUGUGUCGUGUUUAGGAAACUUUCGUGCCGCCCACCCAGUUCCUUCACUGCGGUUUGACAUUGUAAAAUCAUGACAGGUUGUAAAAGCGCCUUUCAAAAAAAAAAAAAAAAAGUCAGGAUUGUGUUUUUACCCUCUCAAGUAGUCACUUCUCUUUGUCAAGUACAGAAAUACCGUCGCUCUGCUCUGCUGCAAAAUGUCUCAGAGUUUGCUGAGGUGACCCAGAUGUUUUCUCCUUGGAAUCCUCCCUGUGUUGCCCCGGAGAGAAACAGGGAAUUUCCAGUGCAACACGGUUUCCUCUCUCCUCACUGACAGCAUGUUUUGUGGCGCUGCCGGAGGAAAAUGAGGCUAUGAGUUAAUAACUUUAAAAACAUCCCCAAAUCCCGCCCCGCUGAGUCAAAGGCGCUUGCUUCUGUCUGAAUCACUGAGAGCAGGUUACGCCGACCCAGCCAAGAGGAGAUCAAAACAAACUGCCUGCAAACUUCUUUCUCACGUCUCUGUCCUCCGGCGUUAGCAUAUGUCCUUCCAGACAAACCAUAUGUGUUUAAGCUCAAGCAAGCCAGUACUCUGAAGGGAGAAAGAUGGCGAGUUGUGCAAACACGUGAUAGUAUAGGAUAUCAAGAGACAGAUGGUCAAAACUUGUUGCUUUCAUAAAAUAUUUGCAUCAUGUGAUAGUUUGUCUCCUUCUGCAAGUGCACUUUUACUUUUGAAUUUUCAUUUUUUGUUUUUGUUUAUAUGCUGUAACUAUAGAAAUGUACAUUUUAUUUUACUUGAACUGUAAACUGUAAUAAAGAUUUUAAUUGUAGAUGUUAUCAUUUCUUACUAAAUAACAACUGAGAUUCUUAAUUUUGAGUUCCUCGUUUCCUCGUAAGCAAAGAAUGUUGCGGCGAUGCCAGCUCCUGCUGUCUGAGGUUUGAUUUGUUUAUUGCUCUCUGCUGACGUGGAGGUGAUGAUGAAAGGGUGAUGACUUUGUGAGACGUAGGUGGACUGUCAGCAGCAACUCUGAUUACUCCUGUUUCCCUGGAUGUCGAAAACAACCGAGUCAUCUAAAUGGUUGAAUCAGCAUUUGUUUGUGUGUUCAUUGUACAGUUCAUAAUAAGCAAUCAUCAGGAUAGCCAUAUAUGAGCAUUGUUUUCUCGCUCGUUCCAGUCUGGAUUCAAUCGUGUGAUGAACGCAAUCCAACUCAGUUGCUGCUUAGUAACUAAUGUUGUAUAAUCAGCCUGAAUACUACUGUACAUCUCAAGUAACCUAUCCUGUAAAUAAGAUUUGUCUAUUGUCUAUUGAGGGUGAGUGUUGCUCAUUGAUUGUAAUGAUUAUGCAAUUCCCAGUAAACUGCUUGUUUUUCAGUUAA